CGGGGGGAGGCAAACGACGUUCGGCCCCGGAAGGUGGUUGCUGUGGCUGCGCAAUCCGAGGCCCAUAUUGUUAUUGCUUGCCCUCAUCAGCAGGAGCUUCACUAUGCUGCUGUCCCGUGUGACCCUGCUGGUGGCGCCACCUGGGCUGGCCCGCUCCGCCGGCCGGCUCCAGUGGGCGCCGCGCCGCCUGCUCUCCAACGAAGGCCGCUCAACAUUCACGCGCCGCGCCACCCGCCGCGCCACGCUGAAGGAGCAGGCGAUGGCGCCGGCUGGGGAGGGAGCGUUCACGGCCGGCCGGGGCCUGGUGGCUGGAGCCUCCGUGGUGGGGAUCGGCGCUCUCUGCUACUACGGCGCCGGCCUCUCCAGCGAAAUGGGCGCCAUCGACCGCGCCGUGAUGUGGCCGGACUACGUGCGCGAGCGUGUCAAGGCCACCUACCUGUACUUCGGCUCCAGUGUGGCGGUGACGGCCGCUUCUGCCGCCGCCAUCUUCCGCUCCCCGGCCAUGAUGCGUCUCGUCACCAAGAACAGCUGGCUGGCUAUCGGUGCCACUUUCGCCGCCAUGAUCGGGUCGGGCAUGCUGCUGCGCUCGAUCCCGUACGAGCCGGGCUUCGGCACCAAGCAGCUGGCCUGGAUGCUGCACUGCGGCGUGAUCGGCGCAGUGAUCGCGCCGCUCGCCAUGCUCGGCGGUCCGCUGCUCAUCAGAGCCGCCUGGUACACGGCCGGCGUGGUGGGCGGUCUGUCCGCUGUGGCGGUCUGCGCGCCAAGUGACAAGUUCCUCUACAUGGGAGGGCCUCUGGCUAUUGGCCUUGGCGUCGUCUUCUGCGCCUCUGUCGGCUCCAUGUUCCUGCCGCCGACGACGGCGCUGGGUGCCGGUCUGUACUCGCUCUCCAUCUACGGCGGCCUGGUGCUGUUCAGCAUGAUGCUGCUGUACGACACGCAGCGUAUCGUGAAGAAGGCCGAGAUGCACCCCGUGAUCGCCCAGCGGCCGUUCGACCCCGUCAACGCCUCCGUCUCCAUCUACCUGGACACCAUCAACAUCUUCAUGCGGAUCGCGAUGAUUCUGGCUGGCGGUGGCGGCCGGAGGAAGUGAGCCUGGUUCACUGGGCAGAAGAGCUGGCGGCCUUUGAUUGGCUGCCCCAAGAUCUGGGUUGCGUCUGAUUGGUCGCAUCAAGCACGGGCCGCGGCUGAUUGGUGGCGCCGAGAACACUUUCACCGGAUUGGCUGCGCGGAGAGAGCAGUCGCAUCUUAUUGGCUGUGCCGUGUUAGGCCGAGCUGCCUCGGCAGGAGCGUGUGGCCGGAUUGGCCGAGAUCGUCGCGGGGGGCGGGGCCUGCGCUGACGCUGGCCAUUCUUGCCGGGCCGUCAGAGGGGCCCCGCCCUGAACUACGACGGCAUGCGACCGUCACAUGAGGCUCGGUGGCCUGGGAUGUGGCUCGAUGGCAGGAUACCCCUCCCCCUGCGUUGCCGGACCCUGCGGCCAGACUGUCUCUGCGGCGCUUCGCUACCGAAACGGGUGUAUUAUGAAGUGGUCAUCAUUAUACAACUGGGACAGUGCGAUUUCUUCUUCGUCUUUUUUUGUUAUGAUCGGAGUGCUUCAGCCAAAAUUAUCGCGCGCUGUGUAAACCGUCGCAGCGUUUGCGAGAGGCUGGACGGAGGGCGGUGUCCGUGAGACACGGAUCGUGGUGUUAAUUGUCCAUGCAAGUGUCGUCACGCACGUCCACUGCGGGGACGCCAACGCCGUAAAUUGAGGCAAACUGCGCACUGUCGUCACCUCCCACUAAACGAUGAGGAGCCGCGGGCGCGUGCCCAGCGUUAAGUGGAACGGGUUGCUGUCGCGACCCAUCGAAAUAAACCGUGAGUCAGGUGUGGACGAUCA